AUGUACCUUCCUUCUCAGAUGGUCACUGAACUUCCAGUGGAGAUAUGGCUUCAUAUUGUUGGAUUCAUCCCAGCAGACGAUCGCCGGAAGUUGGUCGGCGUCAACCGCGUCUUUUUCGAACUUAUAAUGGAUGAGCUCUAUGGCCAACUCAACUUCGUCAAUUCCAAUCCUUGGGAGUUGAUAGAAACUCUAAUGAGUCUCCAGGUUCGUGUGCUGAAAAUCUGGCCCGGUGCACUUUGCGACGCGAUACACACAAUGAAAGCCUUGAAAAAGCCUUUACAGAUCCAGCGUCAUAAGCCCGAUGCUCCAGACCCCCAUACUCGCCCUCCAGGAAGUUUGAGUUUACUCGUGAACAAAGUGUUCAAAAAGCGACCGACCCCAACCGACACAUCACUACCGUCUCCUCCCGAUGUACUUCCCCCUCCGGAUAAACGGAAAGAGCUCUUCUUCGACGCUAUUUCACGGCUCCACCGGGUCCAUGAGCUCAGAAUGUAUUACCAUGAAGAGCAUGGUCGCUCGUUUCUCCACGAUUACACAACAGGCAUCUGGUCUGUGCAUGGGAGGAACAUCCGCCGGUUGGUGAUAGAGAUCCCAUUUGAUAAUGCGAUGGCUAUUAUCCCACGUACGGGGGUUUUGGAGAUCCUUGAGGAGCUCGAACUUAUCCUGCGUUGUAAUCCGUCUGAUGCAUCUGCAAAGGAUACCCUCUGUGCUUUCGUCAACGGCCUGGCCCCUACCCUCCAUUCCCUUUCACUCAGAUUCGUUAACCACAGUCCGUUAUCCUUGAUCGAAAGCCUUGAGUCUUUCCCUCGUAUAAAAAAGCUUUCUAUUCCCAUGCCACUUAAUGAGUAUCACAGGCCUGAUCACUCUCGUCUUCGCCGCUUUCUGUCUAAAAACGAUACACUAAGAGACUUGCACAUCUCGUAUCCUUCCUGCUGUUCACCACAUGCAUGGAGGAUGCCGCCGUUAUUCCACCAAAUCCAGGUGACGGUAUCUUGCCCGGACACAACUUUACCUGAACUUUGCUCGCUGGAGCUCAGUCUGCGAUCCCCUGCGCUAAUCAGCAGGGAAGCAAUUGACCUUUUUGCGGGUCUAAGUCAGAAUCUGACCUCGUUGACGCUGACUAGCCGCACCUUUUCAGUUAGCACAAUCGACACGAUCUUGCUCUCAUUCGAGAAUCAUAAGCUCAAAGAGUUGUCUCUCUUCUCUGAGCAUCUCAGCGCUGAACUCAUGGACACGUUUGUUCGUCGAUGCCCCGAACUAAUCAAGCUUGUUCUGGAAAUUGAGGAUGUGGAGCUCAAAUUUAUCAGUGCAAUGGCGGAGAGAAGAGAUCUCGAAGACCUACGAAAGCCUUACAAGGAUUGGACUUUACAAGACCUUAGCAUUUUACAGUGGGUAUAUGGUCACGGCCGUGGGCAUAAUUGGGCCUGCAUGAGGGCAGUGGCUGACGUCGCGCCCACUAUUCGAAGCUUUGCUGGCCAAGGAAACAUGGAGGAAGCCUCCCUGCGGGGCUUGCGCCCUCAGCUAGUAAUCGACCUGCAGCAAAGACCAUCCGCAUGGCAGAACUAGAUGGUCAUGGAAGUCAAAAUGGCGGCAGAAUAAUGCUUUACUGUCACAUUUAUACCAUAUAUAACCCCCUGUAUUUGGUUCUAUCGGGAACAUGGAUGAUAGUCCAUAGUGUUAGGAUGGACGCCGAGGGUAUGAGACUUUGAUAUUCCAGGUGUAUAGGCAUAAUUUAUAACCCGCUUGGUGGUAUGUACAGUAGUAGUAAGUGAUUGUUCCACUC